AUGGGCAUCGAAUACCAAGGUCAAAGCAUUCCUACUUCUUUCGCGUCUUGCAGUAUCCCUCCUUACUUUGACGCGAAACUUCCUCAAAAGUUAGAGGCCAUUCGCAAUGCCGGGUUUGAUGGAAUAGAAAUAUCUAUGCCCGACAUACUAGCAUAUGGCUGCGAUAUAGAGGGGAAAGAACUAGAAGAAGAUGACUAUGAUACCCUUUCGGACGUAGCUGGGAAGAUACGAAUUCUAACCGAUCAACUUGGUCUUGUUAUUCUAAUGCUGCAACCCUUUUCAAGAUUUGAGGGGUGGAAUAAAGAUACACACGCACAAGAGAGAAGAGAAGCAUUUACACGCGCCACAGGAUGGAUAAGGAUUAUGGAGCGUUUAGGCACCGACAUGCUACAGGUCGGAUCAUCAGAUGCCCAAGAUAUAUCAUCUUCCUUGGACGACCACGCUUCAGAUUUGCAGGAGUUGGCGGACCUGCUGGCGGAGAAAGGCUUCCGACUUGCGUAUGAGAACUGGUGUUGGGCAACAUAUGCCUCAACAUGGAAAGACGUUUGGGAGAUAUCGCGCAAGGCUAAUCGCAGAAAUAUUGGCCUUUGCCUAGAUACUUUCCAAUCAGCUGGUGGAGAAUAUGGGGAUCCUUCUACAGAGUCGGGUUAUAUUGAAGAUUUCAGCCCAGCUAAGCUCGACAGCCGUUGGCAACAAAGUCUGGCCGAGUUGGAACAGACUGUUCCUGGAGAUAAAAUCUUCUUGCUUCAGAUUUCAGAUGCGUACAAGAUGAAACCUCCUCUACGCAACACCAAGGAGAGAGCAAGAUCGAUAUGGAGUCAUGAUUAUCGCCCACUGCCCUUUAACGGAGGGUAUCUGCCGAUUCAGGACUUUCUGAAUUCUGUGCUUCGGACAGACUUCAAGGGCUGGCUUUCUGUUGAAGUAUUUGACUCGAAGCCCAAAGAGAAAUUGUCUAUGGAAGAGUAUGUGGAAGCCGCCAUGCAUUCAUUGACUCGCCUACUAGUUGCCACUAUGCAGUGA